CGGGGCCUCUGAGCGCGGCGGCGGACCCGGGGUGACGAGCGCGGCGGGCGGCGGCGCCCCCAGCGGUCGGCUCAGCAUGUCGGUCAGCGUCCACGAGACCCGGAAGUCGCGGAGCAGCACGGGCUCCAUGAACAUCACCCUCUUCCACAAAGCCUCCCACCCCGACUGCGUGCUGGCCCACCUCAACACGCUGCGCAAGCACUGCAUGUUCACGGAUGUCACGCUCUGGGCCGGCGACCGCGCCUUCCCCUGCCACCGCGCCGUGCUGGCCGCGUCCAGCCGCUACUUCGAGGCCAUGUUCAGCCACGGCCUGCGGGAGAGCCGGGACGACACGGUCAACUUCCAGGACAACCUGCACCCCGAGGUGCUGGAGCUGCUGCUGGACUUCGCCUACUCGUCCCGCAUCGUCAUCAACGAGGAGAACGCCGAGUCGCUGCUGGAGGCCGGCGACAUGCUACAGUUCCACGACGUGCGCGACGCCGCCGCCGAGUUCCUGGAGAAGAACCUGUUCCCCUCCAACUGCCUGGGCAUGAUGCUGCUCUCGGACGCGCACCAGUGCCGCAGGCUGUACGAGUUCUCCUGGCGCAUGUGCCUGCUGCACUUCGAGACCGUGCGGCAGAGCGAGGACUUCAACAGCCUGUCCAAGGACACCCUGCUGGACCUCAUCUCCAGCGACGAGCUGGAGACGGAGGACGAGCGCGUGGUCUUCGAGGCCAUCCUCCAGUGGGUGAAGCACGACCUGCAGCAGAGGCAGGCCCACCUGCCCGAGCUGCUCCGGAGCGUGCGGCUGGCCCUGCUGCCGGCGGACUGCCUGAAGGAGGCCGUCUCCGGCGAGGCCCUCCUCAUGGCCGACGAGCGCACCAGGCUCAUCGUAGACGAGGCGCUCCGUUGCAAGACCAAGAUCCUGCAGAAUGACGGGGUGGUCACCAGCCCCUGCGCCCGGCCGCGCAAGGCGGGCCACACGCUGCUGAUCCUGGGGGGCCAGACCUUCAUGUGCGACAAGAUCUACCAGGUGGACCACAAGGCCAAGGAGAUCAUCCCCAAGGCCGACCUGCCCAGCCCCCGGAAGGAAUUCAGCGCCUCAGCCAUCGGCUGCAAAGUCUACGUGACCGGGGGCCGGGGCUCUGAGAACGGGGUCUCUAAGGACGUGUGGGUGUAUGACACUGUCCACGAGGAGUGGUCCAAGGCGGCACCCAUGCUGAUCGCCCGCUUUGGUCAUGGCUCAGCAGAGCUGGAGCACUGCCUCUACGUGGUCGGGGGACACACUUCCCUGGCAGGCGUCUUCCCGGCCUCCCCUUCGGUCUCCCUCAAGCAGGUGGAGAAGUAUGACCCCGGGGCUAACAAGUGGACGAUGGUGGCCCCGUUGAGGGACGGAGUCAGCAACGCCGCCGUGGUGAGCGCCAAGCUGAAGCUCUUCGUUUUCGGGGGGACCAGCAUCCACCGAGACAUGGUGUCCAAGGUCCAGUGCUACGACCCCUCGGAGAACCGGUGGACCAUCAAGGCCGAGUGCCCCCAGCCUUGGCGGUACACAGCAGCCGCCGUGCUGGGCAGCCAGAUCUUCAUCAUGGGAGGUGACACGGAGUUCACGGCCGCCUCAGCCUACCGCUUCGACUGCGAGACCAACCAGUGGACGCGGAUCGGGGACAUGACUGCCAAACGCAUGUCGUGCCAUGCCCUGGCCUCGGGCAACAAGCUCUAUGUGGUGGGGGGCUACUUCGGGACCCAGAGGUGUAAGACCCUGGACUGCUAUGACCCCACUUCGGACACGUGGAACUGCAUCACCACCGUGCCCUACUCGCUCAUCCCCACGGCCUUUGUCAGCACCUGGAAGCACCUGCCGUCGUGAGGAGCACCUGCGGAGCCCGCCAGACUCUGCGUGUCUCUCCCCACCCCUGCGGCUGCAGCCCUCAAUGUCCCAGAGUGGCCCUCACCCCGUCCGCCGCCGUGGGAAGCUCAGCCCGGCCCCGGAGCAGCACUUGAGGUGGCCGGAAGCCGGUCCCACCGGCUCUGGGAGCAGCAGUCUCGGGGGCUGUCCUGAGCUUCAGACAGGAGGAGAGAAGCCGUCUCGAGUGCCCCGUGUGUCUGCCGGAGGCCUUUUCCGCUUUGCAGUGGUUUGUAGGGGAGAGGACCUUCCGCAGGCACGUCGACCGACCCCAGCACUCCCUCGGCCUCGGGGACAAGCCAUGUGUGCAGAGCGUUGAGGUUGCCGGUCUCAGCAAGUCCUGUUCAGGGGCACGGGAGGCUGGGCAGGGGGGACCCCUGGGUGUGUUGGGAUGGGCAGUACUGGGAGGCCUUCACGCAGCGCCCACAGCACAGCCUUGGCCUCGCCCCCUCCCUGUUAUCGUUGUAACGUCACCCAGCAGAGGGUGUCCCGCACCUCGGGGAGACGGGGUCCACCUGGACUGAGAAUACAGGUUUCCCAGGAGAAAAUCAA